UCCCAUUUCCUCGUUUGCCUUUUCUUCCAUUCAAAACGCCGUCUCCUUUUCAGAGCAUCCAUUUCUUUCCCCGCACAAUACCGUUUCCUUGAACGUGCUCAGUCCUUUGACGUCCAACGGAACAGAGCACAUCCCUCUAACACACUCUGGCCUGCAAAAAAAAAAAAAAAAAAAUGACCUUCUUCCUACCCGCCUGGAGCGACAAGCGCAAACGGAGCGCAAAGUCCAAGAGGAGUCCCUCGCCAACCCGGCUCCCCUCACGAUCCACCUCUUCGAAUCAUGACUCGGGCUACGGCAGCUCCACCAUUUCCUCGUGUGCCACAACAACCUGGAGAACCUCGGUCAUAGCUCAUUGGGGACGCAAUACCUCCAACAGCGAUCUUGCACAGACACAGCGGUCCUCACGUUGCCUCAAUGAACCUAAUCGUCAACCUUGCUGCUCGGCUCCAUCCAAGCUCUCCCGACACCCCGCCUGCAGCGCUCACUCAGACUUUCGGGGCCAUCCUUCUUCUUUGAGCUCCAUAAUGUCCUCUCCUCAGACGACGGCGAGCCCUGGCGCUCCUUCGGGUUCUUCAUCGAACCGGUUCAAGGCAGUCAUGUCGCGGUUACUAUCCCGGAAAAAGGACCAUCACUACCACCAGCACCAGCAUCAUCCUCAUCCUCACUAUCUUCAUCUAAACCUUUAUGGCCUGCACUCGGGGCAGCAUCGGGAAGAGAGUGUCAUGGCCGAAUCCUCUGCAGGAUCUCUUUUUGCGGAAGAAAAACAGAGCCAAAAGCAGAAGCGGCGGUCCCGACGGUUCAACAGCGCGUUGUUUCAGCGUCGUCGUCCUCGUUCCCAUGUAGUCGUAACUGCAGCUGCAGCUGCAGCUUCAUUUGAAACUGUAACUGCUGCACCUGCAGCCGCAAAUGCACCUAUUUUGGUCCAUCCGUACGACGUUGCUGCUCCGGCGUGUUAUCCAGGUACUGGACCUGUGGCGAUUGCAACGAAGCAACAGCAGUUGUUGGGCCUACAGAAGGCCUCGAAACGACCAUGUUCGGCCUCGACAAAACCAUCAAUCCAGGGGAAUACGACCACAACAGUUACUAUGCCAGGAACGGUGCCAGCGGCUACGAUGUUGAGAUCUAGAGGUAGCCGGCAUUUGAUACCGCACCAUCAUACCUGCCGCCAACACGACCUGACCGGAGGAGGCGCAAUUCAAGUACCGCAAGACAAUCAAGCAUGUGGCACCUGCCCUUCUUCUCCUCCCUCUUUGGGAUUCCGCCAUUCUUCAAUCGAUUCCCUAUCUCUCACCUCUGGAUCUGCAACAGCUGCUUGUCUUCCCUCUCCUACGUUGUCUUCGAGCGUGUAUAGCCACCCUCAUCCGCAAUAUCAGCAUCAAUGGACGGCCUCGAGCUGGAUCUCGGCCUCAAAAGACGAUCGGUCGUUCAUCUCGAGGCGAUCGAUGGACGAAAUGGAGGUGGUUCCAGCCGUAACAUUAUCGACAGCGAAAGCGGGAGCUGGUGAUCGUCGGGGGUCAAGCCAAUCGGCCCUGUCCUCGACGUCUGUCGCCAGCAUGCUCUCCCCCUCGUCAUCGCCUUAUUCGCUCGCCCCGGAGCGUAAGAAACCUGGCACAAGAGCAUUUGGACAAGGAUACGAUAUCUCGACCAUGUUCAAAAUAGGCCCUUUACCUUCUGGUACUCAUACCAUCAUUCCAUCCGAGGUGGUAUCCUGAGCAAAUCAGAGGUUCUUUUUCCUUGUGUUCGAUUUUUACUUUUAUU